AUGGCCAACAACAACAACAACAACAACAAUGCACAUUGGGGACCCCCACCCAUUGGCCCCGAGGACGUUGAAAUGCAGACAACAGCUAUGGGGUUGAAAGUCCAUUACUCCUUCGACAGAGACAAUGCCAUCAAUUGUCUGGCCCGGUGGCCGCAUACUCUUCACGUGCAAACGAUUGCAAUCGACGAGAGGAACACCAUUGGGGUUUUGGACCUGAGGACAUGUGUGCAAGCGGUAGCCCAAUGCAGCCCCGAGUUAGUUGGCGAUAGUGGGCAGGAUUAUACAGUGUACGCGUACGACUACUCAGAACCCGACACACCCCUCGUCGGACAAGGCAUGUUAUGUUGGGCUCUGGAGCAAGGCCCUGGUGGGGAUGCUUCUCAAAAACUGGUCACUGGCAGAGUUACCAAGAACGUGCUCGCCAUUUUCGGCAACGGCGUUCGGGAAACCCUCGAGGUCAAACUGAGGUUGACCGCCGUGCGCAAGAUCGCACGAGCAAAUCCGACACCGACGCCUGGUCCCACGAGCAAUAUGGAAUCGGUCCCAAGCCUCAACAACUCAGUCUCCAUCAUGUCGGAAAGCGCAGAAUGGCGGGCGUUUAUGCAGUCGAAUCCCAAUUUAGGCCACAGAGGAAACGUGUCAGCCAUGUCUUCACCUGGACUAGCACCUGCAAGGCUUUACAACGCAGGGUUUGAUGCCAGAAACGACAUGAUGAGACCCACUUCACAAGGCUUCCUAGCUGCGACAUCAAGUCGUCCAGCCUCUGUUGAGCCAAAUACAAAUGGGAAUGCCACCACGCAGGGAAACCAAGCAGGUCCUGAAGGCUUGAAUCCAGCGCCAGCUGAUGGAAAAGCCAACAAACCGAAGUCUCGCGCUGGAUCGAAAGCACCGACGGGAAGACCGAGGGGCCGCCCACGCAAGAAUCCUCUUCCAGGCGAAGGGAGCACUUCUGGCUACGAAGAUGGCACCGAUGCGGAUGACGGCCCGCCGCAGAAGAAGAGGAGGGCCAAGACGACUCAAGUCGUCGAGCGAAGCAAUACAGCAACAUUUGGUUCAGCGCCAGAGUCUCUUCGAGUAGCAGCAAGCACGUCGGGGUCCCUACGAACUUUCCGCCCUGUUGGCCCAGGGAGGGAUGGUCCUACCGGAAACCAUCUUCAGGAAGGCCCCAGGGCUCCCACGCCUGUUCCAGAGCGCCAGUUGCCUGGCCCAUCCAACUCGAGAUCGAGUGGCUCAAGUACUUUGAGACGACAUUCCGUAACGGCACAGGAUCAGGCUGGCUCUUUUAUGACAUCGUCUUUGGAAGUGAGCCGUUUCAUGUCCCAAAAUCAGGAUGCUCAGUCACCAAUGGACUCAAUCGCUCCGUCGCCGUCUCAGUACAGUGAUGCCAGUCCAGCAGAUAUUGGAUCAUCGCCUCCGGUUCCCAGGGCCAUGUAUAGCAUACGGUCCAGCCCGAAUCCGCCGUCGAGUCCAAUUCUACCUCCAAUGCCAAUGCCGCAAAUACAACCCGAUUCUGGAUUCAUGAGUGGCGGACUGGAUGAUGCGCCUCAAGGGGACGAUGCGUCAAACAUAUUUGAGAAGCCUGGUGUCCAAGCCCCACCUGCCGCGCCAGCUUUGGCAAAACCGAAGCCCAAACGGAGUCGCGCCAAAAAACAGCAACCUACCAAAGCUAAAGAUAUAGCCAAAGAUCAAGACAACUUCGUCUAUCAUUCCGAAACGCCGGGUGACCCGACUCUACUCCCUACCACGUCGAUUUACACAGGUCCUCCACCUCCGAACCCUACUAGAAGUCGCAAGCCGGCGGCAAAGGCAAAGGUACAGACACAAUCAAAAUCAAUCCCGCCUGUGACAGAGCAGCCUGGUCUGCCUCCUCUGCUCCAAAAGUCCACGUCCGAAAUCACGACGUUGACUGAGCUAGCGGCGAAUAAGAUAUCUCAGGUACUCCCUCGGCCUGAGAUUGCGACGAUAACAGACGCAUCUGCACAACUUAAGGUCAGGACGACGAGAGAACUGCCUGCGCAAGUUGACGUUAACACGCCAGAGGAACCACCUACACAGCCUGAGCGCCUCACGACAGCAGCAAUACCUUCACAGCCCGCACCGGAUACGAACGCAUCGCUGAAACUCGAGGCACUCGAAGAGAACCCCAGCGGUUUCAAUGCCAGACUUCUAGCUUCACUGAAUGAUGAUGAUGAUGAUCAAUUUUUCGACGGCUUGAUUGUGGAGGAGCAGAGUUUCGCACCUGCCGAGGAUCAUCAAGCACGCGACAGCAACCUUCAUUCCACGGCUGAACCCGCAUACUCUCCCAUGUUGCCGCCUCCUCCAGCUUCCAGGGCCAUCGAAGAAUCAAACCCUGAGCCUGAGCUUCCUCCUAUGGCCCAGGUACCUGCAAGUGAUCUCGCCAUGCCUCGGCUGACGCUACCCAUGCCACCGACUAUAUCAAUCUCUGAAGCAUCGCAUCCCCAGGCCGAAAUGUUUGAUCUCGCGGAUGCGCGUAACAGUAAAAACAUUGUCAAAAGACAGGCCAUCAAGCAGAAGCUCGACGAGGCCGUCGCCAAAGGGGAGUUGCCACCCUUUUGCACUAAUUGUGGAGCUGUCCAAACUCCUACCUGGCGCAAGAUCUGGAAGCAAGAGCACACUGGAGUUCCCGAUUAUCACGAAUACUCGGAGAAGCCUGGUCAUGUCACUGCCAUCAACGUUCUGGAGCGAGAUCAUGAGGGUAAGCCUUGCCUAUACGAGAUGGUGAAGAAAACGCUCGGCCCCAACGAAGACAAGACUCUAUGGAAUGAAGUCCUCCUGUGCAACCCAUGCGGAAUCUGGUUCUCCAAAUGGAAGGCUCCUCGACCACCGGAGAAGUGGGAAAGAGACCAGGAUCGCUUGCAACAGGUGCGAAAUCGAAAGCGUUCUGCAGGCGCCCAGACUUUGAGACAAAAGAAGCCCCGCACGAAGAGUGGCUCGCAAAUGAACCUUACUUCCGAGAUUGGUUUCUCCACCGAUCCUACUGGCCCCUUUGAAGGUUCCUGCUCGCCCGGGACCGAAUUGGCAGAUCCGUUCACAUCUAAUCCACAUCCGCUAAAUAGCCGUCAGGGGAGUAUGGUGAACCUUCAGGGGCCUGGAUCGACUCACUCCAGGGGCAGUGGGACCCCCGGUAGCCCCAUUGCACUAGAUGAUGAUGAUCUUGGCUGCACCAGGCGAGUCCUGUUCCCUUCGCCGCAAAAGGACGGCCGGCAGAGGGUUAUGGGUGAAGUGACGGUAAAUGUUAUGCGAGCUGAACCCAAUUUCCAAGCACCCAAGGAGCGCGAAGACGAGGGAGAGAAGGAAAACCGCCGCAUUACUGCUCAACAUCACGAAAGUGAUGAUUUUGCUGACUUGUUCGGUACUGCUCCUGCACGCCCAUCCACGCCGCCCCCGAAGUCAUCUCAUAGUGAGCCUUUCAAGACCCCAACGCGGCCUACACCGAGCCAUCGUCCCAUCACUAGAAGUGUGACGAGGUCGAUCCGCUCUUCGAGGUCCGCGAAGUCUCCAAGCCAAUUGCUUUCGGGAUUGCAGCGCACCCCAUCCAGAACACCCCGGUCCACCACCAUGUCCAGCGCCCUGCGCAGAGGUUCCCCGAGGAACGUGAAUAUGUCCUCUCACCUAAAUGACAACCUGUUCGAGUCUCCCUUCACAAAGUCCAUCAACCAACUGCUUUCCGAUGCCAACGACUUCAUCGCGCCGUCGCCGCACCGCGGCUUCGAGCUCGACUUGAGCCACCUACCGCAUAUGGACAGCGACGGUCUUUUGGUACCGGGCGGACAUUUCGACUUCGGUAAUCUAUUAAGCACGGAUGUGGUGAUGCCAAGCUCGUCUCCUACACGGCAUGGACACGAGCAUCUGCAGGUCUCGUUUGGGAGCCAUUUGGUCUAUAAUGAUGGAACUGCUGAAGCUGAGCUUUGGAGGCAAUUAAGUGUUGGUACCUCCGGUGCUGGUGCGGGGGUGGACAACACGGACGCCCCUGAAGAGCUUGAGGAAGAGGCCAAGCACUGA